AUGCCUUCCCUCCACGAUACGAGGGUGUUGGAGAACUUGAUCAAGGCGGAGAAGAAUGCCGAGAAUUCGUACGUGCCUUUCUCACUCUAUCUUGGAGGUUGUGAGGUGACCGGUCGUCGGGUGGUCGGUCCGGGAUCGGAUCGGAUCCUCGUAUGGCUGGCAAGUUGCCAGGCAGGUCGGGACGGACACCCACGCGCGUCAUCGGUCUCGGUGCGCGGCGGCGGGUCUCGUGAAGGGUCUGAGGGGAGUGCACAGAGUAGACGAAAGGAAUCUUUGAGCUGACAUGGCAUUCCUCCAUUGCACUCUUCCCAUCGUGUCGCCGCCGCCGCCGCCGCCUGGACUCAGCUUCAAGGCCUACACCAAGGACGCUGCGAGUGCCGCUUCGGCGUUGAGCGCGUGGAGCGUCGCCGAUUCGGGCGAUACACAGGACAUCAUGGCAAGUCUUCAAUCUUUCAUUCGUCAGACUGGGGAGUAG